GAUGAUCGGACAGCCAGAGACACGCACACACUAGCACUCCUUUUGUUGGGGGCAAUGUGGCGAAGGUGCACUCAACACAAGCAUGAUGCGAAUCCAAACGUGUGCGAUGCUCUUUCAUCAUAUAUAACGUUCCGCGCUCCAUUCUAACCAGUUCAGUUCGACGUAGUGUCAACCGUUACCAGCAGUAGCAGCAGCAGAAGCAAACACGCUUCAUCCGCAACAUCUGUUCAGUGCGGUGCCUGGGUGCUUUUGCAGCCGGUGGUAAACACGGAAGGAGAACAAGGAAAAGCUUCCCCAAAAGGUGUGGCGGAAGUUUGAGUGCGACUCGCUCGGCAUUUCAGGAAGCUAAGUCCGGCUGUGAGGGAAAUUUUUUCUCUUCACUCAUCCAGCCCAUCAAUCCCGUUGGUAGAAAACGCAUACAAAAAAACAACACGCAGGAGGUCAAAGGACAAAGCAUGGCCCCGAACGCAACUGUUGAGGCUACCGGCGUGCUGAACGAGCUGGACGCCGAAACGAUCGACGGCGGUUUGGCGAAGGAUGUGACGCCCCUGAAACGGGCGGAAAAGCGCAAGAUAAAGCUGGUCUGGAGGAACGUGAUUGCCUUCGGUUACCUGCAUCUGGCCGCCGUGUACGGCGCCUUCCUUAUGCUGACCUCGGCCCGGCUUUACACCAUUGCAUUCGCCUUUGUGCUGUACGUUGUAUCCGGGCUGGGUAUUACGGCGGGAGCGCAUCGGCUGUGGGCGCAUCGAUCCUACAAGGCGAAGCUGCCACUGCGCAUCCUGCUGGCCGUGUUUAACACGAUCGCGUUCCAGGACUGUGCGCUGCACUGGGCCCGCGACCAUCGGGUGCACCACAAGUACUCGGAAACCGAUGCCGAUCCGCAUAAUGCGACGCGUGGCUUCUUCUUCUCGCACAUCGGUUGGCUGCUGUGCCGCAAGCACCCGGAAGUCAUCGCCAAGGGCAAGCAGCUCGACAUUUCCGACCUGGAGAGUGACCCCGUGCUGCGCUUCCAACGCAAGCAUUACAUGAUUCUGAUGCCGCUGGCCUGCUUCGUUCUGCCCACGAUUGCGCCGGUGUACUUCUGGAACGAAACCUGGACGAACGCGUGGUUCGUUGCCACGCUGUUCCGCUGGACAUUCAUCCUGAACGUGACCUGGCUGGUGAACAGUGCUGCCCACAAGUGGGGUGAUAAGCCGUACGAUAAGAGCAUCUCGCCCUCGGAGAACCGCACGGUGGCUUCGUUCGCGUUCGGCGAAGGAUGGCACAACUAUCAUCACGUGUUCCCGUGGGACUACAAGACGGCCGAGCUGGGCAACUACCGAAUGAACCUGACCACGGCGUUCAUCGAUUUCUUCGCCAAGAUUGGCUGGGCUUACGAUCUGAAGACGGUGUCCAAGGAGAUCGUGGAGAAGCGCGUCAAGCGUACCGGGGACGGCACCCACACGACCUGGGGCUGGGGCGACAAGGAUCAGGACCAGUACGAGGUGAAGCAUGCGACCAUCAUUAACCAGAAGGAGGAUUAAGCAAACCACCACCAUCCUAGCUUUUCAACACACACACGCACCGUCCUAGAUGGAUGUGGUUGGGUGGGUGGGAGCGAAUAAAAUUACAAUGCCGUGUGAUAGGAAGUAGAGAGAGAGAGAGAGGCGAGAGAGAGAAAUCGAAUCGGAAAUCCCCCCGGUAUGGUGGGUAGUGGAUUGGGAGAGAGAUGAUUAACAAAAAGAAAUAAUGCUCGAAGCAAAUGAUUAACAUCAAAAAGGCUGGUUCACACAUAAGUUUACUACAUACGUUUGAAAAACAAGCAAAUCAUCCCCACUAUUGAUUAAUUAGGAGGCAAAAGAAAGGGAAAAGCAGCAACACACUAGCUAGUAGCGGAGGGACACUUCACCUUCUGGGUAUAAAGAAAGCGAGUUGUCGCGUUACGCAGGACCAAAUGCGUACCAUCGUCUGAACGUGGCUUUUGGAGUACGAUUGGCUAUCCCAUCCGGCAUCUCGAGCCCGGUCCGCUGUGUGUGAGAGGAAGCGAGUAGAGUAGAGUAGAGAGACUAACAUCAUCCCCCUUCGAAAACGCCCGUGCGCCAACGAGGACAUUUUGUGAUAGGAGGCAAGUUAAGCAGCAGCUUAGAAAGAUGUUCGUUUUUCCCUACCUUCUUUCUGUACUUCUUCAGACUAACUUUUCUGCCACACACACACACACACACACGGUUCAAACCCCGGAAACUAGUGAAUUUUUUCCAGUAUAGCAUAUAGGAGAGAGGCGCUCAUCGUCGACGUCGUCGUCGUCCUCGUGGGGGGGUGGGAAACUUUUUUUUUGGUUAAAUAGUUUGUAGUCACGACACACACCGUCUUGGGGGGGGGGGAGGAGGGCGCGGGGUUGGGAAUUGGGCGCAAAUUUCGGAACCGUGUGACGACGGGGCACGGACGGGCUUUUGCGUAGCUUUAAGUUAGUAAUUUAUUGUUUAACACUCCUCCCUCUGCGAGGGGUCACCGCACACACACACACACACACCUGCAGAAGUUUCACGCGCGCACACAAACGCAAAAGGAGUUUCAUCUCUGGGCCUCCCGGAAUUGAUGAAAAGAAGGACGGUUGAGCUGUCUACUAAUGUGUGUUCUGUGAGUGUCCGUGUGUGACCGUGUGUGUGUGGUAGGGUGAAAAUAAAAUGUGAACUGAAAACACGAAUAGAACGAGGAGGAGGAGGAUGAGGGAGAGAGAGAUAAUAUAGGUGCACCGCACCACAUCCCCCACACGCAUGCUGUUUGAAUUCCGGUUCCGGCUGGACACCACUACUAAGGCCAGGGAGAGAUACUCAGGAAGUGUGGCCGCAACAGUGUGUGUGUGUGUGUGCAUGUUUACUUCUAAAAACAAUUACCCCCUUUUGUUGUGCUUCUUCUUCGCAUGUUGUUGUUUUUUGGUGAGGCGAUUUUCCGAAAUGAUGAUAAUCCUCUGUGGCGCGCGCGCGCGAGCCGGUUCCGACGAAAUGAAAGAAUGUGGAAAUGCUGUUCUCUUCGCUUUCGUAAAGUGAAUUGAACAACGGACUGUAGCAGAGGUUUUGAACUUCUUAUGGAACUGCUCUGUUGGGGGAUGAUGGUGAAAGGAGUGGAAAGCACAUUCUAAUUAAUCCUACCCCAACCCUGUUACUCCUUGUGAACCAACCUAAAAAAAUGGAGGAGAGAAAAAAGGAGAAAGAGCGAGCGAGAGAGAAUGAUAAGAAUGCAUUGCCAACGAAACGAAAAGCAAGAGAAAGUGAUUGUGGUGGGGAUGGGAGGGAUGAGGAUGAAGGUGGGAUGAAGAAUAUUUUAUUAAAACAAAUGUAAAAAUUAAACAACAAAAAGAUAUAAAUGUUAAACACACACACACGCAGACACACACUAGCAGCGAAAACGUGGAUAGAAGAUAAAGCAGAACACAAAUAAUCCCAAAUUUUUUAAAAAGCUAAUUGAUAGUAAAACAAAGGAGGAAAAAGAGAAAAUUCUUCGUAACAUAUACAAACCCACACACACACACA